CUCCUUCCACUCGACUAAUUUUUGAUAUAUCACUCAUCUCUCUACAAUAUCUCUCUCUACCUAAACUCUACCUAUUUCUCUAUCACUAUACUAAUGUUGAUUGACGAAGUGUAGAUAAUGGGGGUCGUCCCCGCCCUUUCACAGAUUCAGAGCUCCCAUGUUUCUUGGCUAAAACAAUGGGCGCGUCAGGAAGGGGCACGUCUUCUUAACAAGCGUGAUAAGAGGCACCUUUUUUCAACGAACCGGGAGAGAACCACCGUAGGAGCAUCUGAGGCGCCUUGGGUAACGAUGAGUUUGGGUUUAAUUAUUGAAGAAGAAGAAGAAAGCAUGAAGGGUGAUGACGAGACGCCCGGGAAGUGGAGUGCUUUAGAUGAGAAAGAGGCGUGCGAUGCGGGCGCCUUCAGGAAGCGAUUAGAAUGUCUGAGUUGUAAAUGAGGUUCAAGGCGCCUCAUUUAAAGAAGGGAGUAGGGGCGCCCUGAUUUGAGGGCAAUGGGAGUACACAGGCUCUUUGAGUUUUUUGAAAAGAGAAGUACAAGAGGGUGAAGCGCCCGUUAUGAAAGACGAAGCGCGGAUGGAGUUGGCUUCGUUAACUAUGCGUGUGGGGGGCAAGUGAUAGGCGCCGCAAUAGGAACGAUUGAAGUUAGAAGAUUUUGAGUGGGCAUUUUAGAUCUAGCUCUAACCGCCGAUUAUUUCAUCUUGGGCCAAAAUGGGUUAUGCCAUGUUGCUGGCUUGUUGCGGCACCGAGACUUUGGCAGAGUACUGAUAAAACUAUGAGGCGCCAAAUGACUAAAAGGAGGGAAGAGGCGCCUUUAGCAUGACACUUCCCGGGGCAAUGAUCGAAUAUGAAAGGUGGGAGUUUCGCCGCACAGGAGAGCACUUUGUCAAAUCCCUGCCUGAAAGGGGGGGGGGGGGGGGAGGGAGGUCGGAGAGAGAAUAGGACUAGACGCAGGGAAUUAGGUGUAUCGGAAGAAGAGGAAGACAUAAGGCAACAAAGGAUAUAAGAAGAAGCUAAUUCGACCAUGAUCGUGCGCCUGCAAACUCGACAUUGCGGCCAAUGAAGGAGCGAUUUAAAGAGGAGGAAGAGUGGCGCAUCGAUAGUCUUUAAUCUUGAGAUUGUACGUUGCAGGCGCUCCUUGACAAGGAAACGCCUAAAGCCAUUUGGAAGUUAUGACACGAGGGUAAUGGAAGGACGCUUAGACCGGCAAAGAGCGAAAGACAACAAAGCACUUGCGCUGCCGCUGAGAAGGAAAAAAGAUUACUUGGCGGCGUUGGUUAUCUACACAUAAUAUAAUACACCGAAGGGAAAAACGGGAGCCCCAUUUCAAAUUUCCCGCAACGAGAGUGAAAGUAGGAAGGACAUUUUGGUCUUCACAAUUACUUUUUUUAUCCAUUAAAAAGACACGUACUGGGAUUCGAACCAUGUCCAUUUUAAAGAAAAGCAAGGAACAUAACCAAUCACACUAAGUACAUUUGUUGCAUCCUUUUAAAUCAAAAACUUAUAAUAGCAGGGAGGAAAAACCCCUUCCCCCAUUUCAAAUUCCCUGCUCCAUGAGCGUUUGUAGGAAGGGUAGAAUAGGUAGUGUUAAUUUUUUUCUCUUUCCUCUAUGGAACGGGCCAACUUACCGUACACAUGCGGAUUUAAACGGGUUCAGGAGUGUCAAUUUUUUUCUUUAACCCCUUGUAUUUCUCCGUGCUGAUAAAAUAUAUAUGAAAAGGCAAAAACAAUACUUCUUUUUAUGCUAAAAAAAAAAAAAAAAAUUAACAAUAAACUAAUGCAUGGUAUCUAAAGGGCUAACCGCUAACCAUAAAAUAAAAGAGUUGAAUGGGCCUGACCUACACCGGAUUUGGCCAUCAAGUAAAACAAAUGAACAUCAUUGGUUUGACAUUCUAAAACAAGCUAUUUUCUCUAGCAUAAUAUAUAUUAUUAUAUUAUUUUAUAUUUUAGUGGCUAAAAUAUAAUGUAGUUUAAAGUUAUUCAAUGGUUCAAUCUCGACCAACCCAAUUAGUCCAAUUUUUAUCAUUUCAAAUAUAUAUUAUAUAAUUAUUUGAUAUCAUAAUGAUAAAAUUAUAGUGUAUUUUAUAGGGAAUCGUUUGGUAUUUGUUAGUAAAAAACUAAACAGAAAGAUCUAUUUGGUUAUUUUAAACAUUAAAACAAUCCUAAACAUUUUCAGUUUCUUUUGAAUUUCUAUGGUUUUAUUCCCGAAUAAGUGAUGUGCAAAUGGCGAAUUGCAGUCAUCUAUUUUCUUUCACUAUUUUUUAUUUUCAAAUAGAAAGUUUAAAAGUAA